AGCACUUCUCAUCACAGAGGAAAAAGCAAAGGAGAAAUCAUUCACUUUUAUUUUUAGUCAAGGUUACUUUCAAUCGACACGUUUCUAGACGCACUGAGGACAUUACAUGGGCAAAAGUUGUUUUGAUGUCAUUAUGAGUUUGGACCCAUCAUUUUUGCGUAAUGGCCUCUAUUAGAGAUUUUCGUGGAAUUAACGGCGCAAUACAGGAGAACUGCUUCCAUCAACAUUUGCAAGACUGGGUUUUAUGACUUUUUUUCUGGGAUUGCUGUCGCAGGUCACUUUUUUGUGUUGCUGAGUUUUAUCGAUGGCGUAGUACUUUUUUAAGAAACUCUUUUUGGACAAGGAUUUGAAUUUCUUACAACAAACACAUCUGGAUUAUGUGCGUGAAUAAAAUCGGAGUGUUUAAAAUCCAGUGAAACACUUCAUCAUUAUUACUUUUGGAGAAGGGAAAUGUGGAAUAAAAAAGGCGUCUAGAAGGAUGCUGCUGCUUGUACAAUGGAAGUGAAGAACUCUUUUGCUGUUGUUGCGGUGGUUUGUCUCUUUUUUUGCUCCUGCGUCAGCCAAGAACUCACUCCUAAAGGCAGAAAUGUAUGCAAGGCAUCUGGAUCAUCAGGAUUGGUGUGCUGCAGUGGAUGGGGGCAGCUAGGGGAUGAAUGCUUGACACCUCUCUGUGAAGGCAACUUCACCUGCAAGGAAAAUGAGGUGUGUGUCAGGCCAAAUGAAUGCCGCUGUCGUCAUGGAUACUUUGGAGCUAGCUGUGACACUAAGUGCCCUGCCCAGUUCUGGGGCCCUGACUGCAAGGGUAAAUGUAAUUGCUACCCCAACGGCCAAUGCGAUGACUUGACCGGCGAAUGUACCUGUAAUCACAAUCGUUGGGGACCUAACUGCGAGAAUGCAUGCUUAUGCCAAAAGGGCAAAUGUGACCAAGAGACUGGCAAAUGUACAUGCCACCCUGGCGUCUGGGGUCCCCAGUGCAACAACAACUGCUACUGCAGCAUCAACUCGGUGUGCGAUGCGAUGACAGGACGUUGCCAGUGCAACCCCGGCUGGACAGGAAGGAACUGUGCAAUCCAGUGCAACUGUAACAAUUCACCAUGUGACCAGUUCACGGGACGCUGCCAAUGCCGGGAGAGGCUGUGGGGCCCGAGGUGUGAACGAUACUGCCAGUGCAUCCAUGGCAAAUGCAACCAGGCGGACGGCUCGUGUACCUGCACACCAGGGUACCGUGGGAAGUUUUGCAGGGAGCCGUGUCCUGCCGGAUUCUAUGGUCAAAACUGCAGGAACAGGUGUGGCCACUGCAAAGGCCAGCAGCCCUGCAAGGUGACAGAGGGACGCUGCAUAACCUGCGACAGAGGCUGGAAUGGGACACGCUGUGAUCAGCUAUGCUCCAAGGGCUUUUUUGGGGAAAACUGCCAGGAAGUGUGUCCCACCUGUAAAGACGGUCAUCAUUGCGACCCCAUUCAUGGCAAGUGCUCACAUUGUAACCCUGGCUGGAUUGGAGACAGGUGCGAGGUGCGCUGCCCCAACGGCACGUAUGGCGAAAACUGUGAGAACAACUGCAGUCACUGUUAUAAUGGCAUCUGUCAUGUUGUCACCGGAGAGUGCCUGUGUGACCCGGGAUUUUAUGGAAUCUACUGCAAUAUGACCUGUCAACCUGGGCAAUAUGGAGUUAACUGCAACAAAACCUGCUCUUGCCGUGACAAGAACUGUGAUCCUAUGUCUGGUGACUGCUAUCUCCAGCGCAACCAACGGAUGGGUGUGAUCGCGGCUGGAUCCCUGGUCUCCUUUUUACUGAUUGUCCUCUUCUCGCUGCUGUGCUGCUGCUGCCUGUGUCGACACAAAGAUGACCACAACAAAAAAGCCAAGCGGAUCCUGUGUGGACGUUUCAGCCGAAUCAGCACUAAACUUCCCCGUAUUCCACUGAGGCGACAGAAACUGCCCAAAGUAGUCGUAGCCCACCACGACCCAGAGAACACCUUCAACUGCAGCUUCAUCGAGCCCCCUUCAGUGGCUGAGCAGCCCUCCCCCUCCUCCUGGUCGUCCCAGGAGUCUUUCUCUUCCUUUGAGAGUGGAGACGAGGGGCCAGUUUACUGUGUGCCCCAUGAAGAAUCUGUGAAUGAAAGCAAGGAGAAGUGCUGCCCCAGCCCAGCAACAGACAAGCCAGAAGCUAACCAUUAUGAGGACGAUGCAGGAGAGUACACCUCCCUCAAAGACACCAGCAUUACAAAACCAGAGGGCAGCGAGCAGCCCCUGCUGAAGUCAUCAGAUAGUGAAGGCUCCACCAGUGGCUCUGAGUCCACUACAGCGGCCCUCUAUGCCCGCAUCGCCCGCCUCUCCAAGCAGUCCAAGGAGGAUGAAAGCAGCAGCAAAGAUGGGGAUAGCACUCCUACCCCAGAGGCCAAGCGCAAUGGAAAGCCACCACCAUCACCUGGCAAGCCCAAACCACGCCCACCAGACCCAUCCACUAAGCCCAAAGUGUCAUGGAUCCAUGGGAAUACUACAGGGUCUCUCCAGCCAGAGCAGCAGGGGCAGGGGGGAAUGAAAGCACUUGCAGUUCCAAAAGAGAAAAAGAGGAGUUCCAGUGAUGGAUCAGCCAAGAGUGAGGAACGGCAGAAAAUGAAGGAAAAGAGCCGUGAGCAACAGAAGAAACAGGAGGGUAAGGAGGCAGACGUCAAUGGCUCCCCCAGCAAGCACAAACCUCUGCGAGGCAAGAAGUCUGGGGAUGAGCACAGCGGUCCCAGUCACAUGGAGCACAUUAAUGGUGUGGUUCAAAAUGCCCUAAAGAAGAUUAGUAACUUCCACAGUUCCUCAUCUGAGAAGAAGAGUGCUGACAGUCCAAAGGAGACCGCCAAGGAGCCACCCAAGAGCCCUAAGGUCAUCCAUCCUCAUAUGAACUCUGAGGCUGCCACACUCCUGGCUGCUCAGCUCAAGGAGAAAACCCAAAGCAUUAACAGGAACGAGGGGACAGGCCUGACAAAGACCAAUGGUCUAUCAACACCUAAGGGAAACCGGGAGAAGCCCACACCUCCACAGAAAGCCAAGAGGACCCCCUCCACUGGCUUGAGCCAGCAGGGCUCCACCAAGCCCCUGCUGCCCACCUCAAGCAGCCUCCAGAAGAUGGUGACGCCUGUCGCCAUUGACCUCGGGACCCCUGACAUGAAGAGCCCGGAGAAGCAGGACUUGAACGGCUCAAGGGCAGGGGACCCAAAGUUGGAUCCUACACCAAAGAAGACUCCCAUAAAAAAACCACCAAGGAAGAAAGGCAAGGAGGGUACUUUGGAUACCUCGGAAAUUAAAACGCCCCAGCAAAAGACGGCCAUUAUGCCACCACAGAUAGUGAAAUAAGUGUUUUUAUAAGACAAAUUGCCAAAGUUUGUGAUGGAUUCCAAAGAGACUAAAUGGAUUUGUUGGAAGGUGAAGCACAUAGCUUUUCAAUCAAGGAAUUUAAACAUUUUUUGUUUGAGUGUGCUGUGACUCCAGGACCAGUCAAGAGUGAGAAAUGCUUUUAAACCGAGGGUGCACUUGAGUUGUAUUGGUGAGUUGUAUUAUAAUGACCUCUAUACCAUUGUAUUACACUUCAAGAAUUUUUUUUUUUUUGCAUAACAACUAUGUAUCAGUCUCACACCACAACCUGUGGCUAAGCCGGACACAACUGUGAGAACAGUGGCGCACAGACAUAAUCCAAAGUUCAUUCAUCUCUAUUCCUCUGCAGUAUGUCCACCACUAUAUUUAUAUAUGGAUUGCUUUUUAGGUUUCAUAACUGUAAUUUUUUAUACAGGUUUCUGGAACAAGAUAUCUCUGUGUACGCUUUCCACAAGUACUGAAGGUACUAAAAAUUACAUACUCUGAGGAUUGCAAGCUAUUUUGUUUUGGGGUUUGUCAUAUUUCAGUGGACCAACAUGCAAAAAUACAGUUCUAUGCCUUAAACUUUAGAACAAACAAUAUUUUUUCUCCAGCAAAGAAAGCACACAAAUGUUUCCUUUUGUCCUCUUUUUUUGUUACCAGGCAAAGUUUCAGGUUGAUAUACCACAUUAAUAGGAACCUUUUUAAAAUAAAUGUAACUACCCAAAGUAUAGAAGUUAUAAUACAUUAAGGACUUUGUUGUUUGCCCCGCAUAUGAGUCACCUUUAAUUCCUCACUUAUUUCUUUAUGGCUCCUCCAUACAGAAAUAUUACAUUUGUAGAUUUAAACACAUAGCUCCGUUUUCUCCAACUCUGUCAGAUAUGGUUUGUUGAAGCCCAAACAUGGUCUUUGAUCUUUGUUCCAAAAAGGCUGUUUUAAACCUCUUUGAUACUUUUGCUAACACCAAAUCACCAGAAUGUGCUCUUACUGUAGGUUGUAUUCAGUCAGCUAAACCACUAAACCAAAAAUGAAAUCCCAAGCUAUCCUAUGUCCUCACUUCAUGGCAUACUUAUAAAUCACUUUAAACUCCCGUACUUUCUCUAUAAUGCAGCAACAUCUACAGUUUGCCAAUGCUGUGUUAAAAAAAUACUGCCAGACAAUCACACUCCCUGUAAAUCAGAUGCAAUAGAUAGUUUCGUUGAAGUAAUGGCUGUUAGUGACAUUCUCCACAGAUCAGUGAACAUGAUUAGGCCAUUACCUUGUCUGGCAAACAGAUUUUGAGGAAGAUUGCCAUGUCUGAAAGAGAGAAGACACUUUCAGUUUUGAUAGAAAAUCUAGGCCAAUAUCACCAUGUGAGUUAUUCUCAUUUCACAUCAAUUUGUUUAUGCCAUCAGGGUAUUGUUUGAAAAAAGAAAGCUUGUAUCAGAUAUGUUUUGUCCCUUAAGGAUCCUCUCAUAGAUUAAUGCUGAAGUAACAAGCUGCUUUUAUUACAUUGUUUUAAGGUUUAAGACUCUGUAAGACUAAAUGGUACCAUGCCUCUAGUAUUAAAAUGUGCCUCAACUGUGGAUCGGUUUAAGCAAAAAAAGCUAUGUUUGCCUAAAUAUCUUUGCCAAUUUUAAUUGUAAGUGUCUAUCUUAAAUGAACAAACCAAAAAAGGUGGAACCAAAGAUACCUUAACUGGGCUGAUUUUGUUUCACAUUUGUCAGGAGGAAAAGUGUUAUUCCAGGUGUUGGUCGAUAGCUAUUUUGAAAAUGUUUGGUGUUUUUUUCAAGGUACAACAAGGUUCUAUGGUUAUUUUUUCAGCAUUUUCUACUUGUAUACAUUGUGUACUUUUUAUUAUCUUUGUAAGCUGUGCUUAUAUGACCUCUUUAGUUCUGUUUUUCUUGAUGUCAAUGAACUGGCUUUCAUGUUGUAUUUGCUUUUUUUUGGAUAUGUUGCUUAUUUUUGGCUCUGAAGCAAACCUGCAGUAUGAGUACUUUCCUCCUGUAGAGUUUACAUUGGCAUUGUAAUUGUUCUCUGUUGAUGUUAUUGUUUCUGUAACACUUAACUGCAUGACGCAGAGUGUAAUUAUAUGGCAUUAAUAGCUGCACAGGAAAUCUGUAACCUUCUUGUUCCCUCCAGUUGUUGUUAUUGCCUUCCAUAAAAAUAACUCACAGAAAGGAUUGUACAAUACUUGAUAUGAUACCACUGUUGAAACAGUUGCAUAUACUUAAAACCAUAACAUUGUGUACUUAUGAAGAGGCAAUUUUUAUUUGACUGGCCCUAUCCUGUUUUUAUAGGCUUGCAGUGCAUUUUUGUAAAGAAGGGCCUAAAAAGCUGCAAAACUGUUACCAACUGUAAGGUAUAUUUUGUCUUUUGUGGUUUGUUUUUUAGCAACUUUGAUUUCCUUUUGUGUAUGGUCAUUAAAUCGGUGUUUCCUCAUUUACUUCUCUGGAAUAAAGAAAGCAAUACAUGUAGCUAUAGUGAAACAAAAACUUA